AUCUGGUCUGAAUAGUAAAUACUUGAAGAAAAGCCAACAACGUCAUAACAGAAUCCUGGUCCGAAUUCUCCACCUGAACAUUCAAACCUUUUGACAUGAAAGGAUUUAGACAAAGGAAAAGUAAGAUGAUGAUGAUGUAGUCAACAUUUCUCUCCACUACAUCCGUGUAAACCGCCGUCUCUCUUUUGUCGGUUAUUCGCAUCCCCUCUUUGGAAUCAUCGCUCCACCAUUUUCGGAAACCCUAACUUUUCAAAAAAAUCCUUUCUUCUCCGCCGCCACUCCCCGAUCUAAAACCCCUAAAAUGGCUACGGAGGCUACAACCACUUCCAAAUUCCAAGAACCGGACCUCCGACCGGUCUCCCAAUCACCCGAAUUUAAACCGGAAACCGCUCCUCACGACGGUCUCCGGUUCUGGCAAUUCAUGAUCGCCGGUUCAAUCGCCGGCUCCGUCGAGCACAUGGCGAUGUUCCCCGUAGACACAAUCAAGACCCACAUGCAAGCCCUCCGUCCCUGCCCUUUGAAGCCCGUCGGGAUCCGCCAGGCCUUCCGUUCGAUCAUCCAGAAGGAAGGACCUUCCGCUCUCUACCGCGGGAUCUGGGCCAUGGGCCUCGGCGCAGGCCCGGCCCACGCCGUUUACUUCUCCUUCUACGAGGUCUCCAAGAAGUUCCUCCUAUCCGAUUCAACUUCCAGCAAUUCCGCCGCGGCGCACGCCGUCUCCGUGUUCGCGACCGUGUCGAGCGACGCGGUGUUCACGCCGAUGGAUAUGGUGAAGCAGAGGCUGCAGAUGGGUGAGGGGACUUACAGAGGGGUGUGGGAUUGCGUGAGGAGGGUGAUGCGUGAGGAAGGGUUUGGUGCGUUCUACGCUUCGUAUAGGACGACGGUUCUGAUGAACGCGCCUUUUACUGCUGUUCAUUUCGCUACGUACGAGGCGGCUAAGAAGGCGUUGGUGGAGAUUUCUCCGGAGAGGGUUGUUGGUGGUGAUGAGGAAGGUUGGUUGGUUCAUGCUACUGCGGGAGCGGCUGCUGGUGGUUUAGCGGCUGCUGUGACUACGCCGCUUGAUGUUGUUAAGACUCAGUUGCAGUGUCAGGGUGUGUGUGGAUGCGACCGCUUCACUAGUGGUUCAAUCAGCGAUGUACUUAAAACGAUUGUGAAAAAAGAUGGAUAUAGAGGACUUGUAAGAGGGUGGCUUCCGAGAAUGCUCUUCCAUGCUCCUGCAGCAGCAAUCUGUUGGUCCACUUAUGAAGGAGUCAAGUCUUUCUUUCAGGACUUCAAUGGUGAUCCAAACAUUGCCUGAAAAAGAAGAGACUUAAAGGUUAGAGGCAUUCACACUAUUGACGAUCUUGUUUGUUUUUCUUUGUAAAAUUGUUAUCAGGGUUUCUUUGAUGUCAUUUUUAGAUCAUAUUUUUCCAGGCUUGUGUUGUUGAUGCUGUCGUUGAGAAAAUUUUAUUUGUACACACUAUGUUUUUUUUUUCCAAUUUUUUCAAUAAAAUAACUGAAGGAGACAUACAUACA